GUUCCCCGACACAUCGACCAUCAUCAAUGGCCAUGUCGCAGUGUAUAAAACGGAGCCUCGCUCGAAUUCUGUGGCUGCCACAAUAAAUCCAUCAUUGCCCACCUACAUUCUUAACUCCGCAUUAUUCUCUGAAAGGUGCAAGGCUAGCAAGUGCCCAUAGUCAUGAACCAAGUUCGUCAUGCCACCCUAGAACUGUUAGAUCUGCCCGUCGAAAUCCUCGUAUACAUACUCAGCCAUCUGGAUGGCUACGAACUAGCGCGAGCACGUCGAGUAUGCCACGAUAUUCGACACAUGAUCGACUCUUCCUCGGAGUUUUUAUAUUCGAUUGACCUCAAGUAUUUCAACUUGAUUCCAGUCCCUUCACCUGGCCCAGAUCACACCGUCUCAUCGCUUCGCAAAUCACUUCGACAAAGCGAAUUUGCAUGGCAGAAAGCCGAAUAUUUCAAAAGUAAUCCCAUCUCUAUACCGCACAUUCCCCGUGACUUCAUGUGGUCUUGCGGUAUUCUGGCAUUCAAAGUGCAGAAUGAAAAUCGACUAAGGUUUUUGCAGCCGCAAGUGACAGACCCUGAUCAUUCCGAUAGCACGAGCUUGCGUGAAUGGAACUGCCGACUCGAUAGCGAAUUCCAACUCUGCGGUUUUUCACCCAUACAAGACCUUUUGGUUUGCCUUGUCAAAGCAUCCCCAGGGGAAAGUCACGCCCAUGAUCUUAUUUUCAGAUCACUUUCAGAGCCUGAUAAAGUCCACCCUGAAGCUGGAUCCGCUGUGGUAAAAACCCUCAACAAAGAGGUCGGCUGCGAAUUACUCGACCCCCCCGAUAUGUCAUUCUCCAUUUUCGGGCAUUAUUGUGGCAUUUUGUUCAUCGAUGUUCUCAUAGCACAUGGUGAACCGGCCGACAUUUUGCAAAUUUGGAACUGGAAGUCAAAGGACGUUUCUCUGUGCCUCAAGCCGGCUCAUAGAAUUCUAGAUUUCAAAUUCCUAACAAACGAAACAAUUCUCGUCGUCAACAGCGAGGAACUACUGUUGUAUUCCCUCGUUGAUUUCCCCGAUGCUCUCCAUCUUACUGCCAAAUUCUCGCUCCCUACCUUGCGGGCACCCUUUGAAUGUCAAAUAAUCUGUAUCAACUCCGACUCGUCCCAUUCCCGCAUGCAUAAUGAUAUCAUCACUAUCAGCAUGACGAUUGUUGAGGAGAGCCACACUUGUGUCACACUGUAUGUCGAGCGCAACACCCUGUUGGAACUCCAGUCCGCCUAUACGCGCCGAUAUGGAAAAGCAAGCGACAGUUUGCCUAGUUUGCCCUGGUCUAAAUGGGGACUAAAAUAUACUCGAUCCUUCAAGGGAGACUCGCACGAUUCUUGCAAACAUGUCAUCGAUGGUUUACGGGCUGUAUCUUUGCACGGCUCCCAGAUAAUGGAUCCUGACCCGCGACCACUGUGUAUCCGCGAUUUCAACCCUCAUCGAGUAGCGGACUUCAAGGCUGGGAAUGGCAUUAGAUGGAAUCAACGACUUAUCGAGGGCAAAACAUUCAGUUCAGGCGCGGAUCUGUUCCUCGAGCCACUUGGAUCUGGACUUCCGUAUAUCGAGACUAUCACUGCAGAGAAGUUCUUUGGACUCAAUUUAAUAGUGGAAGGAAACAAGGUGAUGUUGCGAACCUUCGAUUUCGUGGGCAGACUUUGGAGCUCGGCACAACGGGGUGGACUGGAUUUUGUCGCGAAUGAAGUUGUGGACCAGAGCAUCGAGAUACUUAGUUUCGAGUAGUUAUUUAUCUCAAGCUUCAUGUUAUCUGAGCCUUUCAAGUCUUAUUUGCGCG